AUGUUAGCUUGUCAUGUAGCACAGUGGUCAGACAUGAUCCACAUGCAGUAUUUAGCAUUAAUAUUUACGAUCACACUUUUGAUGAUUGAUAGCAAACUUUAACUCAUAAGCUGUAAAUUGAUGCUAGCAUCAUUAGCACUGUAGCUUGUACCAUGAUGAGCAUCAACCAUGUUAACUUUGUAGUUAUGUUUUAAGCAGCAGCCAUUCAUAAAUAAUUGAAUAUUCAGCUUCAUUGAGAACAUGCUAAUAAUUAGCAUAUUGUAUGUGGUGUAAAAAAAAAAGUGCUAAAAUUUAUACUAUGUUUCUGCACUGAAUGAAGAUGCGAUGCUAAAAUGUUAGCAACAGCUUCCAUUCGAGAACGUUAUAAGUUGAGUUAGUUAUUUUUAUUUAGAAAUUAUUAAAUCUACGGUAAACAACUUGAUACCAUGCUGUCUCUAAGCAUACGGUAAUUGUAAUACUGUACAUACUAUGUCCUAACAUGAAUGCUCACAUUUUAUUUUAGCUAUCAGAGCAAAACUUCAGUGUGUCUGUUUAGUUAGCAUGCUAGCAUGCAGGUUGGCUCAGUUUAAACUGGGAUGAUGCUAAUGUCCUCUUUUUUUUAUUUCUUGCUAAAUCUGCUAAGAACUCAUCAGGUUCCUCCGUAUGCGCUCAUGAAUGUAGGCGGAGCCUGGGCGCGUAUUUGUAAAUAAUUUCACUUGGUUUCUGUGUUGACGUGAUGUUAAAGUUCUGAUUCACUCAGUCAUCGUGUCAUCUUGUUUUCAUGUGUUGUAAAUAAAUUCCUACUCAGAAAAUGGUAAAAUAAAAAUAAUGUGAAUAUUAUUCGUAAGAUUUGCUUUAUGGCCUGAAUCUGUCACUUUACAUGUGACAUGCGUGUUGCUAUGAUGAAUGAUGUGUUGACUUCUGUAUUUGAGCCAGUCCUAAUAAACUCUUAUUUGAACUCUGAUAUUUUUUUAGUUUCUCUGUCUUUCAUGUGUCCAUCAAGGAGACAUUUGGGUUUAUUUAAUUUUUUUCACGAGUUAGUUGUGAAUUAAUUGCACAUUACAGCUGAAAAUGUGCAGUAAUGCAUGAGAUGUAUUCAGAACACAGAACUGAUUUGUUCAUACAAACGAGAACAUCAGUUGAGUAAGCUAGGAAAACACACACUAAGUAAAUUCACCUUUGGGACGCUGACGGGAAAAUCCCACUUUGUCCUGUUUGCUGAUGACAUGCAGGUAUUUGCCAAUAGCCAAGUUGAUCAAUAACUAUUAAACCUGUCUGUCUUACUCGGGUGUUCCACAGUCAAAACUGGUUUUUGCCCCUUGCUCUGUUCUGGAGACUCAGUUUUUAGGACUGGGGGACUUUGUGACCUUUUUGUUUUUAGGACUUGUUUGGGAUUAAGUGGGUUUUGCGGACUAUGUAAGUGUUUGGUAUUGGGUUCUGUUUUUUGAGUCUUAAUUUUCUUUUGCACAAUCUGUUGGUUUUAAGGUUUUGAGACCAGGUUCUGGUGCUCGGGGUGUGUUUCAAGAUGAAAGUAAGCAUUCUGCUCGUGUGUUUGUGUUCUAUGUUCUGGAGAGCAGACGCUCAGGCCAAAACGUAUCUGAUCACAGCUCCUCUGUUUAUCCGUUUGGACGCCAUGGAAACAGUCUCAUUGCAGCUGUUUGGUUUCUCGGAGGAGGUGAAGGUCUACGUGUUUUUGAAGACUUCCAUGUCUCCGAAUCACAUCAUUCUAGCGCAGGAGGUCGUGACCCUGAACAGUCAGAACCAGCACCAGGCGCUCGCUCGUGUGCGGAUAAUUCCAGGGCUGCUCACAAAAGAUGUGAAUCAUGUGACUCUCCAUGUCCAAUCAGCAGAGAUCAACCAGCACCUGUCCAUCCCCAUCGCCCGCACCAACGGCUUCCUGUUCAUCCAGACAGACAAACCGCUGUACACCCCACAUCAGAGUGUCAAAGUGAGAGCGUUCUCGAUGAACCAGGAGUUGAAGCCAGCGAACCGGAGCGUCUUCCUGACCUUCAGGGACCCAGACCACCAGAUCGUGGACGUUGUGGAAAUGAUUGACGUCAACAACGGAAUCCCUUCAAUGCAAAACCCCUUCAAGAUCCCCGUCAAACCAAAGUUGGGGAUUUGGACCAUUGAGGCAAAAUACUCCGACUUUUUCACCACAACAGCAAGAACAAACUUUGAAGUUAAAGAAUACGUCCUUCCCAGCAUCUCCAUCCUCCUGGAACCAGAAGUCAACUACAUCAGCUACGGGAACUUUGACAGUUUCACCUACAAGGUCUCUGCCAGGUAUCUGCACGGUGCCCCAGUGAGCCACGCUGAAGUUUUUCUGCGCUACGGCUACGUUAGCGGCGUGACGCCUCCAGUAAUCAUCUCCAGCUCCAUGACCAGAGACAGAUUGUCCUCCUCUGGAGAACUGGACGUCACUGUUAACAUUCAGGAGAUUCUGUCCCAAACAUAACGGCCCCAAAGACCUGAGUGCUCUGCAGGGGAAGUACUGUACAUCACAGUACUGCUGCUGGAAGACAUGGGUAUACAAUACACACACACACACACACACACACACACACACAAGCUCAUUUUUCUG